AUGGGGAAUGGAGGAAUGUGGCUUGUGCAGCGUCCUGUGGGUGCUGGUGAUGAGCAGGGAGCAGUCGCUCCUGGCGCGGGCGCAUCUCCUGUGGCGGCUCCGUUUCUCUUCUUUUCCAGUUUAGGUCUAAUAUCAGAUUCUUUUCAUAUGUUUUUUGACUGCACUGCUCUUUUGGCUGGAUUAGCAGCUUCAGUUAUUUCAAAGUGGAGGUCAAAUGAUGCGUUCUCAUAUGGGUAUGUUCGAGCAGAAGUACUUGCUGGCUUUGUAAAUGGUUUAUUCCUCAUCUUUACAGCAUUCUUUAUUUUUUCUGAAGGUGUUGAGAGAGCAUUGGAGCCUCCAGAUGUGCAUCAUGAGAGACUUCUUCCUGUUUCUGUAUUAGGAUUCGUUGUAAAUCUUAUAGGAAUAUUUGUUUUCCAACACGGAGGUCAUGGGCAUUCACACGGAUCUGGGCAUGAACACAGCCAUUCUCUAUUUAAUGGUGGUCUCAGCCAUGGACACAGCCACGGAGGUCACGGUCACAGCCACAACCAUAAACAUGGCCAUGGCCACGCUCACGAUCAUGGCCACGGCCACUCUCACAGUCAGGAUUAUUGUCAUGAUGACCAUUCUCUUGAAGGGACAGCUGGAUCCAGCAAGCAGAUUUUACAAGGUGUAUUUCUACACAUCGUUGCAGACACGCUUGGAAGUAUCGGUGUAAUCAUAUCUGCUAUACUCAUGCAGAACUAUGGUCUAAUGAUAGCAGAUCCUAUUUGUUCAAUGCUGAUAGCGCUACUUAUAGGUGUAAGUGUUGUUCCACUUUUAAAAGAAUCAAUUGGGAUUCUGAUGCAGCGAACACCUCCCUCCCUGGAAAACGCUCUGCCUCAGUGCUAUCAGAGGGUGCAGCAGUUGCAAGGAGUUUACAGUUUACAUGAUCCUCAUUUCUGGACCCUCUGUACAGAUGUUUACAUCGGGACUCUGAAACUACUCGUAGCUCCUGAUGCUGAUGCAAGGUGGAUUCUAAGCCAGACUCACAACAUCUUUACUCAGGCGGGUGUAAGACAGCUUUAUGUACAGAUGGAUGUUGCAGCCAUGUAGUCAAUUCCUAAAAUUGUGCUGUUGGACCAAAGUUUUCUGUACUGUAUAUACUUCUGAAGACAGUUGCCUCCACCACUGUUCCAGAGUUGACUGAAAAGACUUCUCCCUUUGGGCUACUGAUGGAGUUCACUUCUAAGGAGUAAAUAUUGAAUGAAUGUCAUGGACUUUGGUUCCUGUCUUUUUGUGGCCCCUAAACUUGUAAGUUUUUGUGGGUUUUUUUUACUUACUACCUUUGUUCCAAUAGGAAACUAACAUUGUGGUACUGGAAACCCUGUCAUGUCUUCAGUGAAGCUGCUGAAACCACUGCUCAUUCCCAUAAAACCAGUGUUAUGAAAAAUUGGAAACUUGUUUUGUACAUAAUGUCACAAUGGCUGACAUGUGUCAAUAGAAUUCUAUGUUUGUACAAUUGUUUGUACUUUGCAAACUUAAUGAACCAAACCAUAUUGGGUUUUCAAAGUGCCUUUUAUAUCAGAAGUAUUUGCCAGCAUAGAUGUGGAACAUCAGAGGGUUUCAUUACUUUUACAAUAUAUCUUGUAUGCAGUUGGAUAUUUACUAGUGCUGUACGUGCGGGUUUUGUGUACUUGCGUAA